AUGUCGCGCCGAACCUCCCGACUCUCCACGUCCGCGACUCCCGCACUUCCCGACGUCUCAUCUCACGAGACCCCCGAAGACACGAUGGGCCUCGACGUGCCAGAACAGCUGCUCACGCCCGAGAACAGUCGUUCAGAGACCUCCAGCAACAAUGAAAACGCGUCGACAGAUGAAAAACUCGCCGGCCGGCGGAGAUCGACACGGGUGGUACGCGCAUCGCUACAAGCAACUGAGUCUCUGGCCAACACGCCAGUCAAGAACAACGAGCCUAAAACCGCAUCUAGCCAGGCCUAUGUUGAUAGCCUGGCAAAAUCGAAGCGUUCCCGUUCCUCAUUGCGCCAUAGCAUCGCCGUGAUGGAGUCAUCUCUCCGUAACGGAACCGCGCUACCAGAUGUUGAUACACUCGCCAAUGACCAGUCAAUGGUCCCCGAAACGCCCAUUUCGAACUCUUCGCAAGAACCCGUCUCGGACGAACUGAAUCCCCCGCUUCAACAACGAACCCUGCGACAACGUGUCGAGAAGGCACUGGGCAAAGAUGACGAGAAGGAAACACCGAAAGCGACCCCCAAGAGCGCAUCUCGGGGAUCUAUGAGACGCUCAACCCGUUUGAGCUUGGUAGAGAAAGCGAGCGAUAUCUUGGAGCGAACCAGCAGUGUUCUGGGCAAGCGUCAGAGGGGCCAGGGCAGCGAUAACAAAAAAGAAGUCAGUCGUCGCGCCAGUCUUCGCCCACGCACCCUGGCACCGCCGAAGGAAGAAACGCCCGCACCGGCAGCUGAGGCACCCCAGCCUAAGAAGCGACGUGUCUCUGAAAGCGAUGUUUCCAAACUACAAAAGAAGGAGCCUUCUCCGCCGCAAGAAGAGAUUAAACCGGCUACUCCGAAAUAUAAGCCUAAGCGAUGGGUUACUCACGGGCUGUAUACGGGUCAAGAGCCAUCUGACUCGCCUCCCAAACAACGCCAAAGCAAGAAUUCUGCGAAGACAGGUACUGGUCCUCUAAACCGGCGCAUUCUUCCCAUGCCUAUAAUGGCAGAGAUUAUCGACUUCCGUUCGAUAUCUUUUCCCCCCCUCCCACCAGGCCAGCCUAAGCCGGAUGAAUGGCGCAAGACCAACAAAAACGUUUUUGUUGGCGAUGCCGCAAGCGAGUGGAGAGCAAACAAGAACCUGGAACUGUCAACUUGCAUGUGCGACGAGGACACCGGCUGUGACGAGAACUGCCAAAAUCGCUACAUGUUCUACGAGUGUGAUGGCGGUAACUGCAGACUCGGUCCUGAGUGUGGAAACCGCAACUUCAGUGAGCUCAAGCACAGGACGAAGGCUGGUGGCAAGUACAACAUUGGAGUCGAAGUGAUCAAGACAUCUGAUCGCGGAUACGGCGUGCGCAGCAAUCGCUCCUUCGAGCCAAAUCAGAUUAUUGUCGAGUACACUGGAGAGAUCAUCACACAGUUUGAGUGUGAACGGCGGAUGAGGGCAGUGUAUAAGAACAAUGAGUGCUACUAUCUGAUGUACUUUGAUCAGAACAUGAUCAUUGAUGCUACUCGGGGCUCGAUUGCUCGCUUUGUCAACCAUUCCUGCGAGCCUAACUGCCGCAUGGAGAAGUGGACGGUUGCUGGAAAGCCGCGCAUGGCCCUGUUCGCAGGCGAUCGUGGGGUCAUGACGGGGCAAGAAUUGAGUUAUGACUAUAACUUUGAUCCGUACUCCAACAAGAACGUCCAAGAAUGCCGCUGUGGCGCGGAUAACUGUCGCGGUAUCCUCGGUCCCCGACCCAAGGACAAGGAUCAACGCCCCAAAGGAGUAGAUGAGAAGACCAAGAACGCGGCAACUCCGAAGAACGCAAAGAACGCAAAGACCACCGGCACCAAGCGAAAGUUGUCUGAAACAACCGAAACCUCUUCGGCUCCAGGAAAGAAGCGCAAGUUGCUGCCAAAGUCCAUCAAAUCCGGCUUGAAAAAGGUCAUCAAGAAAGCAACCACCGCCCGCGGUAAGGCUACAACUAAGAAAUCAGUGACUGCCUCCAAGGCGACCAAGAGCGCUUCGCCGGCCAAGAAGAAGCCUGUUAAGCUUCCGAAUGUCAAGCCAGCAUCAAGAGUCAAGGCCACUGUUAAGACUUCACAAAAGAAGACCGAGAAGACUGAGAAAGCGAUGCCCAAAUCGCCGGCGAAGAGUACUUCCCAGCUCAAGCGGCCAUCUGCCGCGACGAAGAAGAAGAUUCUUGCCCUUGCCGACGCCCAGAGUCCCGUGAAGAGCCCCGCCAAGGCAAAUAAUGCUACAGGUAAGAGCCCGGCAAAAGCUAAGAGUCCCGCGAAAGCCAAGGGGCUGGGCAGCAGCAUGAAGAAAGCAGUCAAGAAUGUCGUUCGCACCGUAAAGGGCGCAAAGCGAUCAGCAUAA